CUUGUACCAUCCAGUGUGCCCAUCUGCCCAUAUACACUGUUCUGUUACUUUGACAUCCAAAUAGCGGCGCGGCUUCCGCGUCUAGAUCCUGAUUUCGGGCCAUGUCGUUUCUUCCGAUCCUCACACCAGCAGACAUAUACCAAGCGGCACAGCUUAUCCAACAAUCAUACGCACCGGGUGCACAUGCGCGCACGCCUGAAGACCAACGCCGCUUGCAGCAGGAAUUGUUCAAUUUGCAGAAAAAAUGGGAAGCCUGGGGUCUCAUCGUGCCAUUUAUUGAGCAUGACGACCACAAUGUACAGUUCUUUGGUGCACACACGGCGCAGGUGAAGAUAACGCGAGACUGGGAAAGUUUUCCUAAAGAACACGCUGUCGAUCUGAAAGAUCUUAUUCUCGACAUCACCGGAGCCUCUAUUCUAGCGGGUCGCAGCAAUGUCACUCUCCGAAAACUCUUCGUCUCCCUCUGUUCUCUUGCAAUGAAACUCGCUCGUGGUGAAUCUAGUCUUUGGCCUGAUUGGAUUCUCUCAACCGUAACAAAUUUUUCGAGUCGUGGUGCUCCGACGGAGAUCAUCAUGGAUUUCCUAACGAUUGUUGCAGAGGAAGUCAUGGCUGUCGAUCCGUUGUCACCAAACAAGCGGUAUAUGCAACAGACCCUGAAACAAGCAAUCCCUCUUGUUGUGCAAGCAAUCGAUGCUGCUCUCGCUUCCCUGGAUGCUUCCACGACAAAACGUUUUGAAUCAGCCAUGAAGUGCUUCGAGGCGUGGAUCACCGAUCUCCCUGCCAACGACUUGACGACACUCAUUCCACCCCUCUUUGGCGCGUUGAACCCCGCAUCCCCAUCACAUUUUAUUCCUGCCACAACAGUCUUCCUCACGAUACUUUCCUCGUCUUCGUUCGCCUCCAGAGCACCGCCGCGCACGCUUACGGAGCCCUUGCUCCUUUGGCUAGCCCAAUGGGGUACUCCAAUUAUUGGGGAGGUGAUAAAAGAAGGCGCUGUGGACGAGGUCGGUAACACGCUAUGCAAGUUGCUUGCCGGCAUUGGCGACCAUGCGACAGACUAUUUGGCCGAGAAUAUCGCCUCUAACGACAAAAUUGAACCGGCGUUCGUACCGGUCUCCGUCUCCAUCAGCCCUAGUGAAAUGCCUACACGAGGACAGCUCGUGCAGAUAUUCCUGCGACUCCUGCUUUCGUUCACAGCACUGCCGGGAUACUACGGUGUCGACGAGGAUGAGAGCGAGAUGACGCUUGGAUUCUGGUAUCUAUUUCAGGAGGCCUUGUGGAAUGUCGAUGCUCCUGCAAGUGAAGAUGGUAACGGAGUGGAUGAGACCAGAGAGAAGGAUAUGUGGGCCGUUGCGCGAGCGGUAUAUGCAGAGCUAGUAUCAGCUCUUCGGCGGAAAGUAAAGUGGCCGGGUCCCAGGAACAGAUGGGCCAAAGAUCAGGUCGACAAGUUCAAGGUAUACCGACGGGACGUCGGGGAUACCUUGAUCAACGCAUAUUAUAUCCUCCGUGAUGACAUGCUUGCGUAUUAUAUUGGUGACCUUGUGGAUCGCUUUGCGAAGGGCGAAGAACAGAAUGAGUGGGAGGAAAUUGAAGCAACGCUGCAUUGCAUUAUGUCAAUCCAGGAACCUGUCCCGGAAGAGUCCAGCGAGCAGCUAUCGCGCCUCUUCAGCACGGAGAUAAUUGGGCGACUGCCAACAACUGGCCAACACCGCGUGCGACAAACAGCCCUCAGCCUGAUAGGCUCAUACUCGUCAUGGUUUACGUCCCUGUCAUCAUCUUCAAACGUUCUCAUGGGGGCCAUUGCUUACGUCGCGGCAGCCCUCCACGAACCUUCUUUGUGCCUGUCUGCUGCAAACUCGCUACGAGAUCUCUGUGAUGCCAAUCGCGUCGCGUUGGCUCCCCAUAUUGCAGCAUUUGGGGAGUUGCACACUGGACUUGUCGAUAUGCCGGAUACCGAGAAUGCAAUGAUCCUGCAGUCGAUCGCGAGCGUGAUUCAAGCCUUACCAGCUGCGGAAGAGAUUUCCCCCGUUGAGGCUAUUGUGACACCCGUUGUGGGCAAGCUGGUACAGGCGCUCCAUAGUGCAUCUCAGCUCCCGGAAGAGGCUCGCGUGAUAACGAUCCAACAACUGCAAACACUCACCAGUGUGGCCAAAGGCCUGACGCGUAAUGGUAGUCCAAUAUUAGCAGACGAUGCAAACCCAGAGGUGGAGGAGCAGAUGCAGCAUGCCAGAGACGACCCGCGAGCAUUGAGACUACGUGAUGAUAUGAUGAAUGCUAUUCGUGCUGCAGUUGAAUUGUGGUCCUCUGACGCCGGUGUGAGCGAUGCACUAAGCAACUUCUUCAAGUCCGUCACCGCGCUCCCCGCUGAUGAAACUCUCAUAUCCCUCUCGCCUGCCCCCGUUUUGGAAGUUGUGUGUCGUGCCGCACAGCGUCAAUUCACGGCCGUGUGGCUUAGCCUUGCCCGUAUGCUCAUCAGCCAAAUUAACCGACCACCGCUGCGUCCGUCACCACUACGUGUCGUGCCAAGCCCCGAAGCCCUUGCGAUUGUUAGAGAUGUAGUCAACGUCAUGUUACAGGCCGGACUGACUUUCCUCAGCGUACCGGGUGCCAUGGAGGCGAAUCCUGAUAUCGUGCAAGAGUUCUUUGACUUUAUGGAGAAGUGUGCGCAACAUUUUGUUUCGGUCCUCUACCAAUUACCACCGGGAUCGUUCGAUGCCCUCAUUACGUGUGCCGUCACCGCGCUCUCCCUGCAAGAACGAUAUUCCCUUGUCUCCGCUUCUAAAUUUCUCAGCACAUUAAUCACUCGCACCCACGCCAAUGAUGAUUUGAUGGAUGCCAAAGCCACGAUUGCACAUCAUGGCUUUGGAAUCAUGCGUGGUGUGCUCAUUGGUUUUGCAGGCAUUGCACCACGAUCAGCUGCGCCGAAUCUCAUCGACGUGCUGUCCACUCUUAUCAUGAAAUAUCCUGCGGAGAGCAAGGAUUGGAUGACUCAAGUACUAUUUGCAGACGAUUUCAUCCAGUCCAAGGCAGGCCUAGAGGCAAAGGAUAAAUUUGUCCGGGCUGUGUUCGGUAGCGCGCGCUCAUUCAAGAGGACCCGCGAUGCCGCACAGCAGUUCACGCUCGUGGCAAGAGGUCUAGAUGAAUCUAGCUUCGGGUAUGCAUCCUCAAUGAUGUAGCUAGUCUCUGACAACCUUUCGGACAUCUGUAUCACAUAAUUGGAAACCAUGUAUCGCUACGUC